UGGUGUUGCCUUGACAGAGAUGUGAAACUCCCAUUGAUUGAUCUUCCCCUACACUCCCCGCUGACCAGAGAAAACAGUCGAUAGCGAAUGCGAGAGGGGAUUUAAAUUGAACAAACACCGUCCACCUCAUUUGACGGAUAAGGUAGAUAUUUGUUUUCUCACGCGGUCUGAUGUGAUUCGCUUUCGGCACUGUUAAGCGACUAGCCUAACCUCGAUCCAAUGCGACGUUUGCUAGCUUGUAAUGUCGGCACUGUUGGACUUGUUUUCCCCUCUAGACUCCGCUUCCUGUUAGCCUUGGGCUAGCUGGAAAAAUCGACACAAUGCUAACGAACGAGCAGGUUUAGUCAACCAACGAAAAACAGGUGUAACUUUACUUCUUACGUUAAGGUACGCGCUCCAAUUUAGCUGUAAUUUACCCCCAAACUGAUGCUUUUAACUUUGUUUCCGAGCCAGCUGUAACGGCUGCUGGUUUCCUUUAGUUUGCUAACGCUCGACAUCGAGCCAUCUUGCUUGUGUUGGGGGAUUUAAGUCUUUAACUUGACGAGCGACUGGUUAUAUUCUCAGUUGUAGUUUCUUGUAAGCACACGCAUCGGUAAUGGGCUCACCCGUAUUGGAGCCAAGUGCGUGUUAGAAGUAGCUUUAAAACACUUAAAUGUACUGUGUGAGACGCUGACUGAUCCACUGUGAAAAGACAAUAGAGAGAGAACCUGAGACUCGCACAGCUGUGGGGUUUGUGAACGACGGAAAUCUAUGAUAACUAACUUAGGGGGAAUAAUAUUUUCAGUGUUGUUUCCUUAAGUUGUAUCCUGAUUUAACUACGACACAGUGGGGAUACUUUUGUACGUUUAAAAGUGGUGGAAUUAAUACAGAUAGAAGGGGGAGCGUGCAUGGGGUCGAUGCAGAUGGUGUUUGUGCGACACAUGAGGGCUUCCAGGGAUCUCACCUCAUUCUACUGAAACAACACAUGCCUCAGAAAACACUCGCAGCAACCGGUCGUCAUCAGAGGUAACCAGGUAGAGUCUGAAGAGGGAGCCUGUUUCUGGACGUCCAUCUCUCUAGCCUACCUUCAUCACGUCCAUCCACCACCACCGCCCUCCUCCUCCUCUUCCUCCUCCUCCUCCUCCUUCUCCCAGUCAUGGACCCCCCGAGGACGCGGUCGCGGUCUCGGUCUGGCUUCUAUCAUUUCGGCUUAACCGGUAACGUUGGAAGCAACGGCAGUGGCAAUGCUGUCGGCACCGGGAGCCUGAUGAACGCCAGCGGAGGGGGAGUGAGCUACCCGCAGCAGAGCAACCCCGGAUCAUGGGUGCCGCACCACGGGGGUCGCAGCUACCCGGAGAGCCAGCAGCAGCAGCACGCCCAGGGGAGCUACCUGUCCGCGGGGGCACAGCGCCACUCCUCACACGGAGCCCACAGACACCCCGGUGCCGGAGGAGUGCUUCAUUUUCAUCCUGAUAAUGUGUGCAGCGAUGACCGGGACAAAAUGGAAGAUAGCCCGAGCCCGAAAAGGCAGCGUCUUUCACAGCAGUCCAUGUUGGAUCUAAACUCCGCCCCUCCCUCUACUCCUUCCUCUCCCAUUCGCCCCUGGGAGCUGCCUCCCAGCCGCAGACCACACCCCCACUACAUGCCAGAGAGAUGCCACACUCCCCUUCGCAACCGACGCAGUCCUCCAAUGAGACGCCAGCGGGGCAGAAGAGACCGUCUGACCCGCCAUCACCACCAUGCCCAUAACAACAACCACCACUUCAAUAGCAACAACAACCAUCACCAUCACCACCUUCAACACCACAAUGCCCACCACCCUCAUCCUCACCACCACCACCUGCACUCCCACCACGUCCCGUCGUCAGUCCACCAGGAUGAGAACUACCGUCACCCUGCUCCCCCCCAGGGCUACCCGCCCUACAGCCAGCAACCCCCUAGAGGGCCGGGGCCAGGACCAGAAGAGCGCCAGGGUCACCAUCCUCCAAAUCUGUCCCCGAGGCCUCUUCACCAAUCUCCAAACAUGUCCCCCAGGCUGCUGCACCCUGCAGCUCAUCAACACCCCCAUUCACACCCUCACGUGUCCCAGCAGCAGAGCAGUGUUGUGCUGGACCUUCAUGAGCAGGGUUCAGCUCAAGUAUCCUAUCCUGUGUCACCCCCGGUAGCGCCCCCAGGCCUGCCGCCUCGCUCUGCACCUCAGCAGAUCCCAGCAUGCUCAGUGGUCUUCAGUGGACAGCACUAUCCUGUGUGCAGCGUCCCUCCUCCUGUGCUUCAGACUUGCUCUGUUCAGCACUUACCAAUGCCUUACCCUUUCCCGUCACUACUGUCGAGUGACCCAGCCUUCCUGCUUCCUCCUCCUCACCUCCCCCAUCCCCCAACACACCUGACCCACCAUCCUCCUCACCUGCCCCAGCCUGGACAGUUUGGACCUUAUCCAACACAGCAGGCUCGAUCUCUUUUUACACAUUUCCAUCCUCAACUACAGCCGUUACAGAGGAUAGAGAAUGACGUGGAGCUACUUGGAGAACACCUGUCUCUAGGCGCUGGGCUCCACUACCCUCCCGCCACCCACCCCGCCCUCACACCACACUCUACACAGCUUCACUUCCUGUCCCAUGACCCUCUGCCUCAGGAGUUUUUCGGAGUGUCCUAUCCAAACUUUAUUCCUCGGCGUCUACCGGGGCGACGGUACCGAUCACAGCAGCCACUGCCACCUUCGCCUUACCACCCAAGCCUCCUGCCUUACUUCCUUUCAAUGCUGCCAGUCCAGCCCACAGGUCCUGCUAUAAGUCUGGAGCUGGAUGUAGACGAUGGGGAAGUGGAAAACUAUGAGGCCCUCUUGAAUCUGGCUGAGCGUCUUGGAGAGGCCAAACUCAGAGGACUGACAAAGGGAGACAUUGAACAGCUUCCUUCCUAUCGGUUCAAUCCAAAUAACCAUCAGUCUGAGCAAACACUGUGUGUGGUGUGCAUGAGUGAUUUUGAGUCCCGCCAACUGCUGCGAGUCCUGCCCUGCAGCCAUGAGUUCCAUGGGAAGUGUGUCGACAAGUGGCUGAGGGCCAACAGGACGUGCCCCAUCUGUCGGGCCGAUGCAUCUGAAGUGCAGAGAGACUCAGAGUGACACAAGAGGGCGCCAGACACUCCUGAUAGAUUGUCAAACACAUUCAGCACUACCUGCUCCUGAUAUAUUGAUACACGUUCUUGUAUACACAUAAACACACACACACACAUACACACACACAUAUACACACACAAACAUACACACACCACUUUCUUGUCUUUGUUUAUGUUGCAUUUUCUGCUUGUUUGUUAAGAUUUAACCCCGCCCCCUUUUUUCUCACAUUAAACCUGACUUUAAUUAUUUCCAAGUUAUUUUUCUUAAUGUAAUUUUCCUUGUCUCUGUUUUCUCUGUUCACAUGAAUUCAGGCCUUCACUUCUAGGGUGAAAUUCAUUUUCACCACCUUUUCACUCUGGUGUGUGUGUUUGUAUGUGUGUGUGUGUGUGUGUGUGUGUGUGCGCGUGUGUUUGCGUUUGUAUGUGUGUGUUCAUGUGAAUGCACAUGAGUUGCUUGGUCAGCCCUGUAAUGCUGGGAUGUGGUACAUGACUGUGUGUUUUCAGUGUGUGUGUGUGUGUGCGUGUGUGUGUGUGUGUGUGCGCAUGCGCACGUGUGUGUGUGUGUGCGCGCAUGCGUGUGUGUUUUGUGCGCGUGUGUGUGUGUAAGAGAGAAUUCUAGAUGUCCAGCAUGCCUGAGUUCCUGUUGUGAGUCAUAGAAGUGUUAACGAUUGAGAGUUUUUUCUCUCCUGAGUGACUGACUUUACUUCCUGUUUGUAUGUCUAUGCACUGUCUAUAUGCAUACCGUGUGUGUGUGUGUAUGUAUGUAUGUAUGUGUGUAUGUAUGUGUGUGUGUAUGUAUAUAUGUAUGUGUGUGUGUGUGUUUAAGUGUGAAUGUGUGUGUGCGUUAUAGACUUAAAUCCUUUUCUCUAGUUUGACACUAAGGGUCCAUGUUGCCACUAUACUCAUUGGUUGCCUGUUUUAUCAGUUCCUUCAGUUUAUAUUGUUUUUAUUGUUAUUGUUAUUUUUAUUAUCAUUAUAAUUAUUAUUAUUAUUAUUAUAGAACCAAUAAAAGUCAUUGUUUUCCUG